UGUACAAGUGCUGUAGCUGAUUAAUGAUCACAUUAGCUUGAUUAUGCUAGUGCUGAACCAAACAGACAUGAAUCCAGCCUCCUUCAUACUUAAUGGGAUCGCAGGGCUGGAGGACAUGCACAUGUGGAUGUCCCUCCCAUUCUGCUCCAUGUAUGCUGUGGCUGUGGUAGGGAACUGCGGACUCCUCUACCUCAUACACUAUAAGGACGCCCUGCACAAGCCCAUGUACUACUUCUUGGCCAUGCUUUGUCUCACUGACCUUGUCAUGUGCACUAGUACAAUCCCUGAAGCUCUCUAUUUCUGGUUUCAUCUCAAGGAAAUUGGCUUUAAUGAAUGCCUGGUUCAGAUGUUCUUCAUUCACACCUUCACAGGGAUGGAGUCUGAGGUGCUCAUGCUGAUGGCCCUGGACCGCUAUGUGGCCAUCUGCUACCCUCUGCACUACUCAACUAUCCUCACCAAUCCUGUCAUUGCAAAGGCUGGGCUCUCCACCUUUCUCAGAGGGGUGCUGCUCAUCACUCCCUUCACUUUCCUCAUCAAGCGCCUGCCCAACUGCAGAGGCAAAUUCAUUCCCCACACCUACUGCGACCACAUGUCUGUAGCCAAGUUGUCCUGUGGAAAUAUCAAGGUCAAUGCCAUUUAUGGUCUGAUGGUUGCCCUUCUGAUUGGGGGCUUUGACAUCCAGUGCAUCAUGAUCUCCUACACCAUGAUCCUCUGGGCAGUGGUCAACCUCUCCUCAGCAGAUGCUCAGCAGAAGGCCUUUGGCACCUGCACUGCUCACAUCUCUUCCAUUGUUUUUUUUUCCUACAGUCCAGCUUUCUUCUCCUUCUUUUCCCAUUGUUUUGGAGGCCACACAAUCCCUCCCUCUUGCCACAUCAUUGUGGCCAAUACUUAUCUGCUCCUACCUCCCACUAUGAAUCCUGCUGUCUAUGGGGUGAAAACUAAGCAGAUAAGAGACUGUAUCGUAAGGAUUCUUUCAAGUUCUAAGUAUAUCAGAUCCCACAGUAUGUGAAAAGGACAUUUGCCUGGGCAGAGGGGAGGGGAAAAGAA